GUUCUGAUAAACUCUCCCCACCCGCUCUCCACCGGCCCCGGAGCUCAACACGUGCGCCACACCAGAGGCCAGGGAGGGAGCCCGGCCCGGAGACCUCCAUGGCCGAGUGCGAGGAGCUGGUGGAGAGCGGCGGCGCCGAGGACAUGCCCCGCGUCGUGGCCGCCCUCGCCGGCAUCCUGGAGCGCGUCGCGGACCGCAACGACGCGGUGGCGGCGGCGGCCGCGGAGCUCUCGGCCGUGGCCCCGCCGGCUUCGGCGUUCCGGGCGACGACCAAGCCGGGCAUCUCGGUGCGCGCGUACAUGGCGCGCAUCGCGCGGUUCGCUGGGUGCAGCCCCGCGUGCUACGUCGUGGCCUACGUCUACCUCGACCGCCUCCUCCGCCGCGGCCGCCGCCUCGCGCUCGCCGUCGACUCCUACAGCGUGCACCGCCUCCUCAUCACCGCCGUGCUCACCGCCGUCAAGUUCAUGGACGACAUAUGCUACAACAACGCCUACUUCGCCAAGGUCGGGGGCAUCAGCCUGGUGGAGAUGAACUACCUGGAGGUGGACUUCCUCUUCGGCGUCGGCUUCGACCUCAACGUGUCGCCGGAGACGUUCGGCGACUACUGCGCCGUGCUGCAGUCCGAGCUGCUGUGCGCGGAGGCCGAGGCUCCCCCGGCGCCUCUCAGGCUGCAGUACUGCUGCCUGUCCGAGGACGACGCCGCCGGCGCCGGAUGCAGCGCCCAGCAGCAGCUCGCUGCAUGAAACCCAAGCCGAUGGCAUCGACUUGGGAGCAUGUGCAUGUCAGUCGGCACGUGUCGACGACGUAUGUACUACUAGCUGGUGGCUGUGUUCUUGAUGUGCAAUCGAUCUUCCUGCAUUUUUGGUUGGUUGGUGUAGUGGUGGUGGUGUAGGUGAAUCAAAACAUAUAGUGUAGUCGUCAUUAUCGGUUGUACCAGCUGCAGUAGAUUGUAUGUAUAUAUAGUGUUGGUGUCUUGGUGACUUUUCUGAAUCGUGUGCGUAUACGUUGGUUCUGAUAGCAAAGGUAGCUUUAACAAGCAAUGAGGAUGAGGUGUGUGCUA